AUGACUGCGCCGCAACCUGUCCUGACACCAGAGGAUAGAGCCCAUUUUCUGGAGCACGGAUUUGUCCAUCUCCACGACUGCUUUUCGCGAGAGUCUGCAGAGAAGUUUUCGGAGCAUCUUUGGCCACGACUGGGGAUGCUGGAGAACGACAAGUCGACCUGGCACUCAGAGCGAAUUCAUAUGCCAGGCCACAAUUCCGUCAGUGUCAAGGAUUUCGCUCCAAAAGCUUGGGGCGCCAUGUGCGAGCUGCUUGGGGGAGAAGAGCGCAUCUCGGACGAGCGGAAAUUGUGGCACGACAGUUUUAUAGUGAAUCUGGGGGUGGAAGGCCAGAGCGGUCUGCCAUAUCGCGAACUGGAUAACUGGCACGUUGAUGGAGACUUUUUCAUCCACUUCUUGGACUCCCCCGAGCAGGCGCUGUUGGUCAUCCCGAUUUGGAGAGAUAUCGACGUGGGAGGUGGAGGGACAGCAAUUUGUACGGAGGGUAUUGGGAAGGUUGCACAGGAGUUGUUUCGCCACCCAAACGGUGUGACGCCAUGGAUGGAUGUAAGAGGGACGCCAGAACCAGACAAAAAUAGUCCGGAGCGUCUUGCAUUCUAUCGCAACGUUGCCAAACUAGCUCAGGACUCCAGCUUCCACGAAAUGACAGGAAAAGUCGGCGACGUGUACCUUUUACACCCUCUCAUGGUCCAUUCUGCGACCCGAAACUCUACGCGGGUCCCAAGGGUAAUAACCAAUCCACCUGUGUCGCUUAACGCGCCAUUUCGACUUCGUAAAGGUACAGGAGAGUUCAAUUUGGUGGAGCAAAAGACCUUGAAGGAGCUGGGUCAUCCGGAAGGACUCGAUGGAUGGGAAAUAAUUGGAGGAAGAGAGGAGUUUGUGCCGAAGAGGGUGAAGAUUCAGCAGGAACUGAAGGCAAAGGAAGAAGAGCGGUUGAAACUAGUCCAUGUUCUGGGAUGA